CAGCUGCCACUUGCCAUUGCGGAGGCCACCGAAGGUGGCCGGAGCGCCGACGGUGGGUCAGUCAAAUGGCCUAGAAUUAGAAAUGGCCUGCUCGUGCCGCAUCUGGAAGAUCAUGGAUCCAUCUUCAGUGCUGCUUCCCCUCUGGGCGUACUUUCUCUGCGCCCUGACUUGUGCUGACGCCGCCGGGUUCAUCCACUCAUCGCCAUUGCGGCUGCGGCAGCUCACCAGGGCCAAUGCGGUAUCGACAGCCACCGGGAGGAGCGAGGCGGCGAUUGGGUGGGGCAACCCGGAUGGAGUGACGCUGCGGGAGGUGACGGACAACGUGUGGGAGGCCAACCGGCCAUUUCUGUGGAACACCAUCGACGUGGGAUCUCGCAUGGUGCUCAUCCGGCUCAAAGGUGCGUCCUCGCCUCAAGAGCAGAGGACACACACUGCAUUGGUGUCUGUCGUGCGUGUGUGGGUGUGCGUGGCAGAUGGCAGCCUCUGGGCGCAUUCCCCCGUCAACCUGGGUAAGGUAGUACAAGCGUAGGCCGCAACGCGCCCAUAGUGCGAACUGACUGACUCGCCCGUCUAUUGUGCUGCAUCUGUCAGACAUCCCCACCAGGGCGGAGGUGGACGCACUCGGUCCGGUCAAGCACAUCGUGUCACCCAAUUUCGAGCACCUCAAGUAUGGCCCUCUGUGGGGCCAGGCGUACCCCGAUGCAGUGACGUAUGGGUGCCCCGGGUUGAUGGCCCGCGAGCCGUGGUGUAUGCAGGAAGUGGCCAACGAUCCACCUGACAGGUGCGGUGCGUGAGGAGGCGAGCCGGCAUCGUCAUUCAUUGUGUGUAUGGUAUGGUGUGUGCAGCUGGCUGGAUGAGUUUGAGUGUUGCUUCAUCGACUGUGAGCAAAAUCCUUUCACUAGGAAAUCCUUCUUCAACGAGGUUGGUGUGGGGAUUGCAAUGAUGUGCACCAUGCGUGUCAGCCACACGAGUGCGUAUCUCUCUGUCUGCAGGUGGUGUUUUUCCACAAGCCGAGCAAGACCCUUAUCACAUCAGAGUACGUGAGCAACGCCGCCACAGCACCCAAUCAAUCACAUAUCAUCCACUGCUGUGUCCGUGUGUGUGUGUGUGUGUGCGUGUGUGUCGUUGACGGCAGCUUCUACUGGAAUUAUCCCUCCACAAGUCCCUCUCGCCCCAUCCCCCAAUCCACCAGGCUAUGGAAAUUCGGAAUGGACAGGGUGAGUCGACAGUCUGAGCCACUCUCUCCCACUGCAUAUGUGUGUCGUGUUUGCGUGUCGUGUUUGCAGGUGUACUUGCCCUUCUACAAGAGGCUGAUGAUAACCGACAAGGGCCGGUUCAACGAGCUGGUUGAGCGCGUGUUGGGUUGGCGGGCGGAGCGGAUCAUCCCCUGCCACGGCAGCAUUGUGGAGGGGCGGGAUGCGUGUGAGGCAGAGAUCAGGAGGCAGACUGGACUGACUGACUGAUGGAUGAAUGACCCGAUGUGGUCAUGCACGUCAAGAUCUCUGGGUGGGUGUACGCCUCUUCAACGAAUUGACAGCGCGCAUGCAGUGGAAAGUCAAACGUGG